UAGCGACGUCACGCGGAAGGGCGGAGCGAGGUUAUGCGGCGGCGCAGGCGGCAGGGUUGUCUACAUGGAGGUACAUGUCUUCGAGGAAAUAAACGGGGAGUUGAACGCAUUUGGGUUGAAACAUGGACUGAUCAUGUGUCUCCGCUCCACAUCUGACUGAGAAGUAAGCUGCCCCAAGCCUGCCGUAAGGACUGUAUGCUUGGAGGUGCGUGCUUCUUCACCGCUACUUCUCCAGCUUAAACACACCUUGACAGGAUGUCGGUGAGAGAGCGACAGCGUCCAUGGUCUGUGUACAGAGCUUCCACGCUGGACAUCUCCUCUGAGAUGCUUGGCCUGGCACUGGCAGGGAAUAGUCAAGACCCAGACGAGCCUGUGUUGGAGUUCAGCCUCGCCUGCAGUGAGCUGACUACUCCGAGUUUGGACCGUAAACCCAACAGCUUUGUGGCUGUGAGCUGUACAACUCCACCUCAAGCCUUCUGGACCAAGCAUGCACAGACGGAGAUCAUCGAGGGCACGAUGAAUCCCGUCUUCUUAAGCAGUGUGGCCUUCUUCCAGGAUUCCUUCGUCAAUCAGCAGACGCAGAUCAAACUUUCUGUGUACGACGUGAAGGACCGCUCGCAGGGCACGAUGUACUUAUUAGGCUCAGCGAUGUUCACCGUGAAAGAACUACUGCAGGACAAGAACUACACACUUCGCAUGCCACUCAGUUCAGCGGAAAAUGUGCGCGUGGGGGAUAUCAGAGUUACCGCCUGGCAACUGGAGGAGAAGCGGGAACAGCGGGCACCACUAACCCAUCUACCAGACACCAUUAAUGGCAGGACGGUCCUCGCUGUCGAUGAGAGUCUGACGGAAUCGAUAGGAAUCCGAGCCAAAUAUGCCUCUUUGAGUAAAGACACACUCCUGCGAUCAGUGUUUGGGGGAACCAUGUCUCGUAUGUACCGCUUCCCCACCACUGACGGGAAUCACUUACGCAUUCUGGAGCAGAUGGCAGAGAGUGUGCUGUCUCUCAACGUCCCACGACAGUUUGUCAAACUACUGCUGGAAGAAGACGCUGCCAGAGUAUGUGAGCUGGAAGAGUUGGGGGAAUUAUCUCCAUGUUGGGAGAAUCUCAGGCGGCAGAUCGUAACACAGUACCAGAGCGUUAUUCUCACCUAUCAGGAGACGCUGAAACACCUGCAGGACUACAAGGGCCCCUCAUUCAAAGCAAGCAACCUCAAAGCUGACAGGAAGUUGGAGUUCAUGUCCACUAACCUCCACAUGCAGAGGAUGAGAGUGCAGGACGACUCUGGGUUUGAUCACACAUACGAUGUGGUGACAAUCGGCGCUCCAGCAGCUCACUGUCAGGGCUUUAAGAACAGUGGCCUGCGGAAACUCAUCCAGAAAUUCGAGGAGGCCAAGAAACACAGUUCUUUGAGCAGCUCCCAGUCCAUCAUGUACAUCCCUCAGGACAUCGUCCACGCCAAAGAGAUCAUCUCACACAUCAACACUCUGAAGACUCAGGUCAGUUACUACGCCGAGCGCCUCUCCCGCGCCGCCAAGGACCGCUCCGCCAACGGCCUGGAGAGAACACUCACAAUACUGGCAGACAAGACACGGCAGCUUGUGACUGUGUGUGACUGUAAACUACUGGCGUCAGCUGUGCAGGCCCUAAACGCCGCCAGGCCAGAGUACAUCGCCUCCAAGAGCUCGCCGUCAGCCGACUCGGAGCACGUGGUGCUACGCAAUGACCAGGAUACACUGCUAGCCAAGUGGAGCAACAACCGUUCAUCCCUGCAUGCCGACUGGCACGAAGAGGAAUGGGAGAAGGUGUGGGUGAACGUGGAUAAGAGUCUGGAGUGCAUCAUCCAGCGGGUGGAUAAGCUGUUGCAGAGAGAACGAUUGCGCAGCAGCGGUGAGGACAUGUUCCAGGCCGACCAACAGAGCGCUGUUCCUAAGAAAGGUAACGAGAGGUGUCAGGCGUUCUGGAUCAACCCAAUCUGCACGAAUGAGUGUCCAUCAGAGGCUUCACCGGAGCAGUUUUCUUCAUCUUCAUCACCGCCUUCACCUUCGUCCUCAUCAUCCCUGCCUGCUCUGAAUCCUGCAUGUCCCCUUAAAACAGAAAUUCAAGCCUAUUGCAGUAGCAGCAGAGAGGAGAGUUACCCAGGUGAGUGGAGUGAGGCACUGUAUCCCCUGCUAACAACGCUAACAGAGUGCGUGGCUAUGAUGAGCGACAAGGCAAAAAAGUCAAUGGUGUUCCUGCUAAUGCAAGACAGAGCACCGACCAUCGCCAUGGACCUCAGUGUGCAGUACCGCCGAGACGUGGUCUUCUGCCAGACACUUACUGCGCUUAUUUGUGGCUUUAUUAUUAAACUGAGGAAUUGUCUCCGUGACGACGGUUUCCUGAGGCAGCUAUACACCAUUGGACUGCUUGCUCAGUUUGAAAGUCUACUGAGUACAUACGGAGAGGAACUAGCCAUGCUUGAAGACAUGAGUGUGGGGAUCAUGGACUUGAGGAACGUAACGUUUAAGGUGACCCAGGCUGUGUCGAUGUCCUCUCCGGACAUGCUGCCUGUAAUCACGGGGAACCGCGACGGCUUUAACGUGCGCAUUCCACUGCCAGGGACCAUGUUCGACGCACUGCCACGGGAAAUUCAGAACGGUAUGCUGCUGCGCGUACAGCCCGUUCACUUCAAUGUCGGCAUCAACGAGCAGCAGACGCUAGCCGAGAAGUUUGGGGACACGUCCUUGCAGGAGAUCAUUAAUUCUGAGAGUCUGGGGCGUCUGAAUUCCUACUAUGAACAGUUCAAGGAGGUGUUACCAGAUGACUGCCUCCCUCGUUCCCGUAGUCAGACGUGUCUUCCCGAGCUCUUGCGUUUCCUCGGUCAGAAUGUUCAUGCCAGGAAAAACAAGAACGUUGACAUCCUUUGGCAGGCUGCAGAGAUCUGCAGGCGGCUAAACGGUGUGCGUUUUACAAGCUGUAAGAGUGCGAAGGACCGCACAGCCAUGUCGGUCACACUAGAGCAGUGUCUUAUCCUGCAGCACGAGCAUGGCAUGGCACCACAGGUCUUCACUCAGGCCCUCGACUGUAUGCGGAGUGAGGGUUGCCGUCGUGAGAACACGGUGAAGAACGUGGCAUGUCGCAAGUAUGCUUUCAACUCUCUCCAGCUGAAGGCUUUCCCUAAGCAUUACCGCCCUCCUGAGGGGACAUUCGGAAAAGUGGAGACGUGAGCACCAGGACCAGGCUUGUGCAAAACAAAGAGAUUAAUCUGAAGUGGAUGAGUACAUCAGAGAAAAAAAAAAUAAUCAGUGUGUAGCUGAUAUGUAAAAUAUGCUGUAGUCAAUCUAGACCUCACACUGAUCUUGGUAUGUGAACCUCUUAAGACACACUCAGCGCGUCACACAUUUCUGAUCCUACCUUUAAAUGAAUGCACAUGAGCCAUUCUUAGUUCGAAAUGAAUAAUUAUUAACCAUUCCACUAUUAUUCCCGGAUUAUUAGAGCAUUGCCGAAAGCACAUUAUUCCGAUGUAGUGUCUUUCCAUAGGUUAAUAUUAAUAAUAUUAACUACAGUAGGGUCCAAACUUUAGAGCUUAAUAGACACAGAUGCAAAAUUGUGCAGAGGUGAUCUAUAUGUGCUUGGCGGUCUGGGAAACCCUUCACGUGGUGACAUUUUCAACUAAAUGAAGUUUCGACAACCACAGUUUAGAAAACGUACCUGAACUGAAAUAUAGUGAAAUGAGAAAAAAAAAAUUACUUUUAAGGUAAGUCGCUCUAGACUGUUCUUCUGAGGUGAAAGUCACUCAUGGCAUUUGGUAAACAUUUGGCCUCAUCAUGUUUUCACUCGACAUUAGUGCUGAAAUAAUCUGCGAUUUUUUUUUCGGAGAGUUUUGUUCUCUUUGGCAAAUUUUCCUAAUAAUUUUAUUUUUUUUUUUUUAAUUCAUACUGAAACAUUUUAACUUUGUUUACGGCCAUCGCUAUAGUGACAGUGGCUAAUUUCUAAUCUGUACAGGAUUUCUCAGAGGGUUUUUUUUUUUUUUUUUUUUUUUUGCGGCCAAAAUGCUUGAUUUUUCAAAAAAAUGUUUGGGCUUUAUUUUGCGCUAAACUACUUGAAUUGGCGGAAUUGCAAUUGCGUAAAAUUGUUUCGCACGGUCUUUCAAAGUGAUGUUUGUUGGUAAACGAGACCUUUUAGCUGUGCUCAUGUUCGACACGCAUGAAUCAAAGAGUACGUUGGCGUUGUGAUGACCCAUGGCGAGUUGAUGGCCCAAAAAAUUUCACGUCUACUGUUUACAGACCGAAUCUAUUGUUCUGGGUGGCUUAGUGGUUAGCACGUUCGACUCACACCUCCAGGGUCGGGGGUUCGAUUCCCACUGUGGCCCUGUGUGUGCGGAGUUUGCAUGUUCUCCCUGUGCUGCGGGGGUUUCCUCCGGGUACUCCGGUUUCCUCCCCCAGUCCAAAGACAUGCAUGGCAUGAUUGGCGUGUCCAAAGUGUCCGUAGUGUAUGAAUGGGUGUGUGAGUGUGUGUAUGUGAUUGUGCGAUGGAUUGGCACCCUGUCCAGGGUGUACCCCGCCUCGUGCCCGAUGCUCCCUGGGAUAGACUCCAGGUUUCCCCGUGACCCUGAAAAGGAUUAAGCAGUAUAGAAGAUGGAUGGAUGGAUCUAUCGUUCUUCAAUAUGACCCGUAACCAGUAACUUGUCAUUAUGUGUGUUAGGAAAGCCUACUUAGCGAUUUAGCAAUUAAAACAUCAUCUUUAGGCAGACUGAUCGUUUAUACAGUACAGCCAUGUUCAUUAAACUGGCUCUUUAUUUAGCUAAAGUGAUCUCUGCAGGCAGAAACCACAUUGCUUUAAUGAAAUAUUUAUUUUCUUAAAUCAGAGGUGUCACACACAGCCUGUUCUAGGAAGAAACAAAGAACCAAUUCUAUUUAAAACCUGACGUUUUGUCGUUUUGGGCUGCCCGAAUUCAGUCACAUCGCCAUCUGAUGGGUUUCCCCAGACGCCCACACAUUAAUUCAUUUAUAUUGAUACACCACAAACAAAUAACAUUUUAGCUCCUUGCGUAAUCCUUGUAUGCAAUUUAAAAGUGUCCAUAUCUAUUCAGUAUCUAUUCACACACCAUUUCCUUCAUUUCUUACAUCAGUAAUCUUGUUUGUACGGAAGCCCUAAGCGGCCAUGCGUUGUUCUUUUUUUUUUUUCUUCUUCUUCUUCUUCUUGUUUUCUAGUGAUCACGACUUAAUUUUUCCUGUGUACUCGACAUAACAUUGUUUUUACUGUUCUUGAAGGCUUAGCGCAAAUCCUCAGCACCAUGGAUGAACAAAUUUGUUUUUACUUUGACCAGGGACUCCCUCAAACUCAAACAUCUCGAUGUCUGUCAGUGAUUAGUGUCCGACAUUUCAGAAGUGGGCGUCCUUCUUUCUUAAUGCGGAGAUAAAGUCCAUCUCUAAAGCGGGUAACUAUUACCUUUGUGAUGGCGAUGGCGAAGACACCAACGUGCAUGCGACACCAGUUCCGUUCACAAGAUGUGAGAUUUUCUCCUGAUAAAAUUAAAUCGUGAGAAGACGGCUUUUUUCUUAGGUGGAGAUCACAAGAACAUUAAGUUGAGAUCACGAGAAAACAAAAAAUAAAAAAAAAUUAAAAUAAUGAUACAUGGCCGCUUAGGACUUCCGUAUAUUUGAAUGAAGAAGAAAAAAACAUUUCUCGGUAAUGGACCGAACUCUAAUGUGUUUUAGCUCAUAACCUCAAAGAGGGCUUUAAUCGUUCUUAGUGUACUUUACUUUUCUCUAAACCCCUCAAGAUAGUGCACACACUCGCUAAUUCCUAUUGCUUCUCCACAUCUUUUCCACCUCAGCUCUCUAUCCUUUAAUACUGUAUGAAUCUGAUUAUACACUCUCAAAAAUAAAGAUACCAAACUACUUUUCAUCAUCGCUGAUUUGGUGGUUCCACCAAGGUUGCAUCUAUUGUACCUUUAGUAUGUAUCUUUUAUCUACAAAUGCGAAUAUCAUAGACCUUGAAAAUAAUGCACGGUACGUAAUUGGACCUUAACGCCCGCUAAUGCAUCUUUAAAAGUUUUAAAGCUCAUUAAAGGUGCACCACAUGCAAUGUAUACACUAAAGGUGCAAAUAGUGUGUCCCCUUGAUUGCACCACCCCAGCAAGUUUUCAAGAGUGUAAGGGUCUUAAUAUAUUACGUAUCAUGAAUCGGAGAUCAUGAUAGAAAAUUAUGAUACUAAAGUAACAAGAUAUUAUUCCUUCACUUCGAGUCUCUCCUGUGAGGUUUCGUUUGAAAUUCUUGAGAUUCAGUGUCAAAUCACCAUGAUCACCAUGAUCAUGGUGUCCACACACACACACACGCACACACACAAAUCCAUCCACUCAUACUUAUAUACUAUAUCUGUGUCAUAGUCAUAUAAUAAAUUUAUUAUAUUUAUAGCUAUAUUCAGAAGUUUGGGGAGUGUUUGGAUUUAUAAAUAUUUUGGCGUGCAUUAUGUUGUUUAACAUAGUAAGAAUGUGAUUUGUAGGAAUCGUGCUGUUCUCCAGACCUCAGAAGAAAAAAAAAGCCUUCAUUUCAUGAAAAUAUCAUAACCAUGUAAUGUCCAGGAAUUCAUUUUCUGCUGAUUUUUAUUUUGUAUCUCUUUCUUUCUUUUGUUUUGCUGCAGCCAUAUGCAUGAAUGCAAUCCAUGUGUUCAGAUAUCAUAUCAUAGAGUGAUAUCAUUCACCUUCAUAUUAAUCUGCAAAGCAAUUAUCCAGAGCGCAAUUCACUACUGUCGUUUUUAUUUUUGUCCAGCACCGUGUUACCGUUCGACCUCAGCUGGCAACCGUCAGCCCGACUGUGAAAUGCAAGUUACGCAUUGUUGCAUUUGUUAUUCUUAAAUUUACUUGAGACAUUUUUACUCAUGCAUUUUUGUAUCAUUGCCGUUGUUAAUUUUGUCUUAAUUUUACACACGUUGAUGGGUUUGAAUGACUAUAGUCUAUAAACCCUAAUGUAUUUUUAAAAUAUUACGUUCCCAGAUAUUUGAACUUGAUUUGUAUUUAUUCCUGUUUUACUCAAUUGCAUCUUUUAUUAAGCUGACUAAGAUGUCUACAUGAGUUCUGCUGUACAAUAAGCUGUCAUCAAUAUAUGAUGCCAUUAAAAGAAAAUUAUCUGCCAUAAUCUAGCUCAUUUUUACUUCAAGUGUGUCUGUGUGUGUGUUAAAAGGAAAGCUGGAUAAAAAGCACUGUAUGAGGUUGUGUCGCAACAUUGUGUUUUUUUUUCUGAGAAUCUCUUGCUGAUAUA